AAAACAAAUUUCAAAGAAUGUUUUGUUUGUGCCGCGAAAGCCAGAGGCUAAAACCCUCCCGAUAACGGAAAUUUUUGUGGAAAGUUCUCAAUCCCGCAGGUUGCUCUACAGAUCAAAUUCACCGAGAAAGGCAUAUCAAUUCAAAUGUGGAUUUAGAUUGGGAAUCCAAACUGCUCUUUCCCUGUUUGCAAAAUUUCUCGUGGCAUUCCUUUCAAGUUCUUCCCCUUCAUGUGGGAUCUGUGUUCUUGCGACCUGGCGCUGAGCCUCUGUGACGGUAUGCCUGGACUCGAAUGGGUUGUGCAUUUGUAGAUUUUUGCUUUUCCUGGUUGAUCGAUGGGUGCCAUAACUAGCAAUCGUAAGCGCUCUGAAGAAUGCCUGAGCUUCAAUAACGCGUAUUCAUCCCCUAACUCCUCAGAUUUUCGUAAACCCAAAAGACUCAAAUUCUUGUCCAUGCUCCAGAACCCCACCCAGUCCAUAGUAUCCUGGAAAAGUGUGGUUUCAAGAAUUCCCCUGUACCCUGAAGCUAAGACACCAUCCACCAGAGCUGUACUCGGUCCGUGUCCACGUAAAAUCCCGUUAAGUAGUUCAAAUAAAGCUUUGAAGUGCAGGACUAGUGAGCUUCAGGAGAGUGACAACAAGAUGGGCAAUAUAUUUGACAAAUAUGCAGAAGCAAAAAACAGCGCACUAAGAUCAUUCCGGUAUGUGGAGAAGGGGAAAGAGGUAAUAGAAGUGGAUACUGAUAGUCGAAAGGGUGAUGUUUCGGAAGAUUCAAGCAUAGAAGAGGUUGAGAUUACAGAAGAUGGGCGCGAAGGGCGCUCAGUGGUAACGGACCAGAGGAGGCAAGGUAGUGCUGGGCAUGUGAUUGAGAUACAGGAUUCGGAAACUAAGGUGGGAAUUGGUGGUCUUCGGCAGCAGUCAACUUCCUCAGUGUUUUCAGAGUUGAAUAAUAGUAAUUUGAAGGUGGAUGAUGCUGGGAAGUUUUUGGGAUCCUUAUAUUUAAGUCCAGAGCGUGGUGUUCCUGAUGUUAUUGCAUACAAAAGGUUGCUUGAGGAGACAAACAGGCGGACAAACAGAUUAAAAUUGUUGGACUAUGAAAUCCAACUAAAUGAGAAACGCAGGUCGCCAAUUGAAUCUUUAAGUCCAGAGAAGAGACCAGAACAGGAAUUACCACAUGAGCCUUUUGUUCCUCUCACACAAGAGGAAGAAAAACAAGUUGAUGGGGCCUUUUCUGCAAACAGGAAGAAAGUCUUGGUUGCUCAUCAAAAUUCGAACAUUGAGAUAACUGGAGAACUUCUCAGGUGCCUCAAACCUGGUGCAUGGUUAAAUGAUGAGGUGAUCAAUCUGUACCUUGAGUUGCUAAAAGAAAGGGAAAAAAGAGAACCAAAGAAAUAUCUGAAAUGUCAUUUUUUCAAUACCUUUUUCUACAAAAAGCUAAUAGGUGGCAAGAGUGGUUAUGAUUUCAAAUCUGUGAGAAGGUGGACCACGCAAAGGAAGUUGGGAUAUAGCCUAAUUGAAUGUGAUAAAAUAUUUGUGCCAAUCCAUAAAGAGAUUCAUUGGUGCUUGGCUGUCAUCAAUAAGAAAGAUAAGAAAUUCCAGUAUCUUGACUCGCUGAGAGGAAUGGAUAGCCAAGUCUUGAAAGUGCUGGCAAGAUAUUUUGUAGAUGAAGUGAAGGACAAAAAUGGAACAGAUGUUGAUGUAAGUUCUUGGGAAAGAGAAUUCGUUGAGGACCUGCCUGAGCAAGAGAAUGGGUUCGAUUGUGGGAUGUUUAUGAUCAAAUAUGCCGACUUUUAUAGCAGGGGCCUGGGGCUUUGUUUCAACCAGGAACACAUGCCUUACUUUCGGCGCAGGACAGCCAAGGAAAUAUUGAGGUUGAAAGCUGACUGAGCCGAGGACUGCUAUGCGAUUUAGCAGUAGUCCAUUUCUUUGUUCUGCGUUGGUGUUUUGGUAUGAAAAAGAUUCAUGGAGUCAUUCAUAUCAAGCUGCUGGUACAUGAUGAGAGCUCUUUCCUUCUGUCAAUAUCUUGACUAUGGCCAUUCUAGAGCCCUGGCAUUCGUUUUGGCAUGCUGGUAGUGCAGAAUGAGGUAGGUUGUAAAUUCUAUGAAGAAUGAAUCAUUGGCUGAGGCAUUUUUUAAAAAGGGUUGAUUUAGAGGUGUGAAGUUAAUAUCAUGUGAUAGUUGAUCUGCUUUGUAGUCUCUUGCGGUUGGUACCCUCUGCGUUUAUAAACUGAUUGCUCACUAUAUUCUACAGAGUUUUGUACUCA